AACACACCACAACAAUCGCAACAACCGGGCCUUCCAUCUGUUUACCUCUCCCAUUCUCCUCCUUCUCUUCCCACCGACAACUCAAGUCCUCAUGAGACUUUGAUACGACCAUAACGACCUAACGCUCGACACCAUCUGUGUAUAAUCCUACCUGUGCAGCUGUGCAUAGCAAACACAAUCGCUUUCCCCUCCCGCUCGCUCCCAACAACCAGGUAUAACCUUGGACCUCUUGUAGUGUUUGCCGCCCCAAACACACAUCCCUCCCUCCUUCUAUAGCUCUCGCGGACACUCGCUCUGUAUACAGAGGCGCCUCCCCUCCAUCCAGGACACUGUUUAUCUCUUCAGUAGAAUCACAAUCCCUCUCGUUGCUCCCUCAACCGUGGACACUAUGAUGUCGGCUGUAGAGCACAAGUUUGACGACGUCAACGUCGAGGACUUCAUCAAGCAGUUCACUACCACCGAUUCGCCUGCCAGGCCACAGCUCAUCGACUACGGCUCCCAGUUCGCCCACUUCUCCCACUCCGAGUCCUCGCCUCCCUACGAGGGAAUCGGCCUUAGCGACCUCAGUGGCAGCUCCCAUUCAUCAGAGUGGCUGCAGAACCUUGACAACAUUGGCCUCGACUCUACUCUUACUCCCUCAUCUCGCGGUUCGUCGUUGGAGACCCCUUCGUUACCCCAGAACUCCUCCCUGAUCGGAUCGAUCAACCCGUCCCGUCUCAAGGAGGUUGCUGCUGGUAAAAUGGCUUCAUAUCCCGACCAUGAAGGCGAGGCAGAGCCAGUAUGGGCCAUGCCUGUGCAGGUUAUCCCCUCCAACCCACUCCCUACCUUUGCUCCUUCUGGCCUCAACCCCGCUGGAGACGAGGCGUUCACCACCCCUACUCCCAAGGCUUCGGCCCAGACCAAGCGCGCCACUCGCAAACACGACGAGAUGGACGACGGCACAACCCCCUCCAAGCGUAUCCGCCGCAUGAGCUCGUUGCCAGAGAUCUACAUCCCCGUAGUGCAGCAGCCUGUUCCUCGUGUGCUGCAGCGUUCAGCUUCGUCUGGUGGUAUCAUCAUGCCUAGCCAGGACGACGGUGCUGGCUCGCCCUUCUUCAAGGCAUCGCCCUUGGAAGCUCCAAUGUCCGCCCCGAUACCCCAGCAGGCUCAGUUCACCUCGUACCAGAUGCCGGUCAACCCUGCCACCUCCGUGCCGACCAUGCACACCAGGACGUACAGCAACUACAGCUCACUGGCUACCAUCCCGGAGGCUCCUAGCUCUGCUCCUGCCGACGUGCAGUGGGCUACUGUCCCGCAGCAGGUGCACCAGCAUGUGCAGCAGCAACAGCAACAGCAGCAGCAGCAGCAGCAGCAGCAGCAAUACCAGGAGCACCAGCAGCCUCAACAGUACCAGCAGCAGGCGCAGCCUCAGCAGCAGCCACAACAGUUCCAGCAGCAACACCCCCAGGCUGCUCUUGGAUUCCAGUACGGUAGUGUGCAGGACACCUCUACAUAUGUUCCGCCGCCCACUGCCUCGACCCUGCACUCGCCUGCUCUGCAGUCGCCCAUGCCCCCUGCUACGCCCUCUCUGCCGUCCAACAUGGCUGGUCCUAAGCCGCCAGUGGCACCCUCGCUCCCUCCCAACAUGGGUGUCUCUCGCCCUGUCAUGACCCACCAGCACACUCUGUCGGCUUCAGCAAUCAUGCCCGGUGGACGUCCCAUCCAGCAGCAGUUCCGGGCUUACCCCCAGCACGUGGGUAACAACCCUCCUAACUUUGGCGUGGGCCGCCCGCAACCUGCACACCUGCGACGAUCGUCGGACACUGAGCUCGCCUUUGGUACCCAGGGCAAUGUCGGUGCCAUGCUGCGCUCUACCUCGGUCCCUCAGGGCCCCGGCGCUAUGAACACACGCCCUGCCACUGCUGGUGGCAUCUACCAGCCCCAGCAGCUGCCGCCACCACCGCCAAUCGGCACAAACUUCACGUACCAGCCGUCGGCGAUCCCCUUGACGCCGUACCCCGAGCAUGUGCAGACCCAGCCCGGUGUCCCCCCCAACUACGGCCAGAUUGCCAUUGGCCGCCCUGCUCCUGCCAUGGCCAUCGGCCGCCCAGUGCCACCCACUGUGCAGACGAUGAUCCCCGUCACCCUGCAGCAGCAGCAACAACAGCAGCAGCAACAGCAGCGCAAGCGCGUGUCAUCCAAGCGCGUGGGCCAGUGCCUCAAGCCUGGACCCAAGGGCAAGAACAAGAACAAGCCCGAUGCGAUUGCAUCAGCCAUCUCGUCUGGAGCGACUCUUCCUGGCGGAGCCUCGUCGAGCGUCCUCCACCUCGGCCCUAGUGGCCCCAAUGUGCUCACUGGACGAAGCACCUCGGUUGCGACGCAACCGGCCAACAUGGUCCCAGUGACCUUUGACGAGUUCUGUGCUGCUUUCAACCGCACGCCUCGCGGCACCCUGGUCCCCACGCCGGCCAUGGACCUGCUCAUUGAGCGCUUGAUGUACGCCACCGACGACACGGUUGUCGACGCGUGCUUCCGCUGGUGCUACACCAUCGGCACAGAGUUUAACAAGGCUGCUCAGAAGCAGAGCAAGUACUUCAAGUGCUCGUUUGAGGAGUGUGCCGACUCUGCUCAGCGCAUCUUUAUGCGCAAGUCUGCGGUCGACAGCCACGUCCGCACGCAUAUCGGUUACCGGCCUUACAAGUGCGAAGUUGAUGCACGCUUUGUGCGCAAACAUGACCGCGACCGCCACACUCAGACGACACACAAGAACGAAAAGUCGUUCGAGUGUGCCGACUGCAAGCAAAACUUUGCCAGGAGCGACGCGCUCCUCCGCCACCGCGCCAAGCGCGACGCGUGCAAGGCCAGAAUAGGGUAA